AUGAGAAGACCCAAGCUAAGAAAUGCAACUCGUCUUGACGAGACGCACGAAACCAUUGGAUUUGAUGGAAACCAAAACCACAUCCCAAACCGCCGACGUGCCGGAACUGAUGACAGUGCGGAUACUUUCACUUCUGCCUCCAGUAGUCGACAAUGCCUGGGCGAUGCCUUGAAGGAUUGCGGAGACUUUCACUUUGACAUGAGCGAUCGAUGGAAAACGGCGCUAAUGGAGGCACUGGAUCAACCCAUGUUUCCGGACGAGGAUCAAGUCCUCCCACGACACCGUCGAUUACGCAAAGGCGUCACCAACUUUGUCAAGAAGCGGGCUCAAGGGUUGCGUAGGGACUCUCGAAGAGACGUCUUGGAUCACCAACCGGUAUCCCCUAUGGCAAUGAAUUAA